CAUCUGAUAAAUAUGUCUAAAAGUUCUUCCACAGCUCUCCUCCUCCUCCUCACCAGCUUUAUCCUCCAGCUCGCUGCCACCGCCAUCGCCAUCGGUGUGAACUAUGGCACGUUGGGAAACAACCUUCCGCCGCCUGCUGAAGUGGCUAACUUUCUAGCGACAAAAACAUAUAUUGAUCGCAUUAAAAUCUUUGAUACAAACCCUGAAAUUCUUCGUGGCUUUGCCAACACUAACAUUUCUGUGACGGUAACCGCUGGCAACGGUGAUAUUCCUGCUCUUACUAAGCUCGAUACUGCUCGCCAAUGGGUUGCUGCAAACAUAGCUCCUUAUUAUCCACAAACAAAGAUUAUUCGUGUUGCUGUUGGUAAUGAAAUCCUACAAAGUGCUGUUAAGGAAUGGAUUUAUAAUCUUCUUCUUGCUAUGAAAACUCUUAACCAGGCUUUGGUCGAUGCUGGGUUUAAAGAUAUCAAGGUUUCAACACCGCAUACUCUAGGCUUUCUCCAGACGUCAGAGCCACCAAGUGAAGGGCGGUUCAGAGUUGGCUAUGACAAACAAAUAAUAGCCCCAAUGCUUCAAUUCUUACGCGAAACCAAGUCAGUUUUUAUGAUUAACCCAUAUCCUUAUUUCGGCUACUCGCCAAAGAUGGAAAACUACGCGGUAUUUAAAGCCAACCAAGGAUUGUAUGACAAGAACACUCACAUCACAUACUUUAACAUGUUUGAUGCCCAAAUGGACGCUGUAUAUUCCGCCAUGAAAAGGCUUGGUUACGGUGAUGUGCCCAUUGUGGUGGCUGAGACCGGUUGGCCCUCGGCUGGAGACCCGGAUCAGCCGGCUUGUACUAUGGAAAAUGCACGUUCAUUUAAUUGGGGCUUAGUUAGGCAUGUUAAGACCAGGAGAGGAACACCUUUGAUGCCCAACCGCCGAUUCGAAGCUUAUAUUUUCGGCUUGUUUAAUGAGAAUCUUAAGCCCGGACCAACUGCUGAGAGGAAUUUUGGGUUGUUUUAUCCAGAUUUUACCCCAGUUUAUGAUGCUGGAAUUAUGAAGGUUACAUUAACACCACCAACACAAAAACCAUCUCCAAUAGCUGGCAAGAAAUAUUGUGUAGCAAAAGCAGAAGCUGAUGAUAAAGCGUUGCAAGCAAACAUAGAGUAUGUGUGCAGCAAGGGCAUAGAUUGCAAGCCCAUUCAAGCUGGUGGAGCUUGUUUUGAUCCCAACACUGUCCGUUCUCACGCAGCCUUCAUCAUGAAUUCUUACUACAAUUUUCAUGGCCGCCAAGAUUUCAACUGCGAUUUUGGUGGCACCGGUGUCAUUACCACUCAAAAUCCAAGCUAUGGCAACUGUUUCUACUAGAGAGAUCCUGUUGGCAGAUGGGGAGAUGGGCGGCUUUAUUAACAGUGGAUUACGUUUAGAGAAGUGUUAUUUAUGCGCAGCAUGAUGUUUAUUAAUUGGUUUUCUUUAGUAAAGACGUGUGUAGUUCAGCUUUGACUUCAAUUACUUUAACAAUUAACUGUACUAAUCAUUUAUUAAAUAAAAGAAUUAGCGUUGUUCA